AUGUCAAUAUCACCUCAAUCUAAAUUAAGUUCAGAUGUUUAUUCUUUUAUGGAAACUGAAUCUUUUCAAAUGGAUGAUAUGCCUUUGUUGGCAGAAGAUGAAGCACUUCAAAAUAAGUCAGAUGAAAGUAGUGUUUCUGAAGAUUGUGAAGAGAUA